AUGAUUUAUGACAAGAGCAAUAAAACAUGUUGGUGGCGCCAACAGAUUUGGUUUCAGUCCAUUAAAUACCUUUUUUCUGUCUUUCUUUCCGUUUUGGCAGACAACUAUGGCGGAUACGAGAACCAGCUUUUCAAAGAGGAGGAUUUCACUGGAGAGGAGGACAUGCCUUCAUUUAGAGGUCGAAGCAGAGGUGGCUGUAUGAGGUGCCAGCAGAGCCACUCUCUCCAGCUGGCUGUCAAAGUCCUCUAUGGAUUUGUUGCAUUCCUCAUCAUUACUGUGGCAGUGCUGGCGACGCUUGUGUUCAGGAAGGUUGGCAACCUGUCUGAAGAGGAGUCCGUCUACCACACAAAGAUCACCAGGAUUCAACAAGGAAUACAGGAUCUGAGCUCCACCUCGAACUGUUCAGGCUGUCUGGAUGUGACUCUGUACAGCGAAGAGAUCAGCAGGCUGAAGAGGGAGUUUGAAGACAUCCAGAAAAUGAUUCUGGGACAGGAGCAGAUCCUGGACCAGGCCUCCCAGACCCAGGCCACCCUCAAGACCACCAGCAGCCGGCUGACACGCGACACGCAAAACCACCUCAUGUCAAUCAAACUUCUAAACCAAUCGCUGGAAAGAUACUUGGAUCGGGUCGAAGGCUGGAAGGACGUGAUCGAGGAAACAGAAGAGAAAAUGAAGACGCUGACGGAGGAUCAGUACGACAUCAAAGCUACGGCACAGCAGGUUAACACGACAGUGGCACUCAGUACAAUGUGGAUAGAUGCCCUGCAGAGAAAAGCGGAAGAGGAGACUCUGGUCCUCGAGAAGUUGACCACCGACUGGCAGAACUACAGCCGAGUUCUGAGCUCCAUCAAAUCCAACACCAGCAGCACCACACAAACGAUGCGCUUGCUCCAAAACAACAUCGUACUAGAGCACCAGAGAAUCGACAUGUCCACUGAGGUGUACUACGACCUUACCCAGCAGGUGAUGAACCUGCAGAUGCAACUCGACAAUGUGACGUCUUUCAUGGAUGAACACGAGGAGAACAUGCAUGACCUUCAAUACCAUUCCAGGUACUAUGAGAACCGGACAGGUGAGCGUUUCUCUGCUUUGGAUAGUCGUCUGAACUCCAUCUCCAUGGAGAUCGAUACAAUCUCCUCCAGCAUCAACGCCACCGUCAGCCACGUCCAGAGCAUGUACAAGUACAUCAACAUCGAGAGCUCGUCCUGCCAGGGUCGCAUGGGCAGACACACUGAAGAUCUACAGAACCUCAACAACACAGUCUUGUUACUCCUCCACUUGGCUGACACACUGAGACAGCAAAACAUGUUGUUGAAUGUCCAACUGGAUGUGGACAUCAGGAACCUGUCCAUGGUGAUGGAGGAGAUGAAGCUUGUGGAUGUUCACCAUAUCCAGCUCAUAAAGAACUUCACUAUACUAAAAGGUGCUCCUGGACCACCAGGGUCCAAAGGGAACCGUGGCGAGACUGGCUCAAAAGGACCUGUUGGACUGACUGGGAGCAAGGGUGACCGAGGCCCUAUAGGAGGCCGUGGAACCUCUGGAGAGAAGGGUUUGCUUGGGCCCAAAGGAGGACCAGGUGAAUCAGGACCCAGUGGCAAUAGAGGGGCAGUGGGAAUCAAAGGUGUUAAAGGGUCUCUUGGCCCGCCAGGACCACGUGGUGAGAGGGGCCAGAAAGGUGACUUUGGCCUCCGCGGUGCAGAAGGCACUUCAGGACCUGCAGGGCCUCCAGGGAUCCAGGGUCAGGGAGGACUACCGGGCCUCACUGGGCCACCAGGAGCAAGGGGAAAACCAGGGCCAACAGGGCCACAUGGACCACCAGGAACCCCUGGACCUCCGGGCUUGUCUUACCCCCAUGCACAAAUCAACACCCAGCAGCGGACCGUGACACCUGCUACUGUGUCCAAGAGACAGUAG